ACUCCGAGGCCUUGCGAGCUUCGGAAGACGCGCCGGGUGGUUCGUGGGUUUGGAAGCUCCGGGCGCCCCGCAUUUCUGCGACCUCGGGCGCGUCCUGGUCAAGCCCCCUCAGCCCCGUCCUGGGAGCCUCCUCCUCAAGCACCCUUACCUGGUCCCAGCCGGUCCUCCUGGGAGCCCCCACCUCGCCUCUGCCCUGGGCCCUGUGGCCCCUCCCCCACCCCGGCCUCCUUCCCCGGCCCGGCCCGGCCCGGCCCGUCCUCCUCGGAGCCCGCUCCCCGCCUCCGCCCCGGGCCCUCCGGCCCCUCCCCCACCCCGGCCCCCAACCCGGUCCCAGCCUGUCCUCCUCGGAGCCCCCACCCCGUCUCCGCCCACCGCAGGAUGGGCGACAACACCAGCCCCAUCAGCGUGAUUCUGGUGAGCUCGGGCAGCAGGGGCAAUAAACUGCUGUUCAGGUAUCCCUUCCAGAGAAGCCAGGAGCACCCGGCGUCCCAGGCAAAUAAGCCUCGUAGCAGAUACGCCGUCAACAACACUGGAGACCAUGCCGACGACCAGGAUGGUGAUUCCAGCGAGCCAUGUCCUCCAACCGAUGAGCGAUUGGUUGCAGGGUUUUCGGAUGUCAUUCUGGCAACAAUUUUGGCAACCAAGUCUGAAAUGUGUGGCCAAAAAUUUGAACUGAAGAUUGAUAACGUGCGGUUUGUUGGGCACCCGACACUGCUGCAGCAUGCUCUGGGGCAGGUCUCAAAAACCGAUCCAUCUCCAAAGAGGGAAGCUCCCACCAUGAUUCUUUUUAAUGUGGUGUUUGCCCUGAGGGCCAACGCGGACCCAUCAGUGAUAAACUGCCUGCACAACCUUUCCCGACGCAUCGCCACUGUGCUGCAGCACGAGGAGCGCCGCUGCCAGUAUCUCACAAGAGAGGCCAAGCUGAUCCUGGCGCUGCAGGAUGAGGUGUCCGCGGUAGCUGAUGCAAAUGAUGGUCCUCAGUCCCCGUUCCAUCACAUUCUGCCCAAGUGCAAGCUGGCCAGGGACCUUAAGGAAGCUUAUGACAGCCUCUGCACGUCCGGCGUGGUGCGGCUCCACAUCAACAGCUGGCUGGAGGUGGGCUUCUGCCUGCCGCAUAAGAUCCACUACGCUGCUGCGAGCCUCAUCCCCCCCGAGGCCAUCGAGCGGAGCCUGAAAGCCAUCCGCCCCUACCACGCCCUGCUGCUUCUCAGUGAUGAGAAGUCCCUGCUGGGCGAGCUCCCGCUCGACUGCUCCCCGGCCCUGGUGCGCGUGAUCAAGACCACGUCUGCCGUGAAGAACCUGCAGCAGCUUGCCCAGGAUGCAGAUCUGGCCUUGCUUCAGGUUUUCCAGCUCGCGGCUCACCUGGUGUACUGGGGCAAGGCCAUCAUCAUCUACCCGCUGUGUGAGAACAAUGUCUACAUGCUUUCUCCCAACGCCAGCGUGUGUCUGUACUCUCCACUGGCUGAGCAGUUCUCCCGUCAGUUUCCAGCUCACGACCUGCCAUCUGUCCUUGCUAAGUUCUCCUUGCCCGUCUCCUUGUCAGAAUUCAGAAACCCCCUCGCCCCCCCGGUGCAGGAGACCCAGCUCAUUCAGAUGGUCGUGUGGAUGCUGCAGCACAGGCUCCUUGUCCAGCUGCACACAUACGUGUGCCUGAUGGCCUCGCCCAGUGAGGAUGAGCCCCACCCUCGAGAGGACGAUGUCCCCUUCACCACCAGGGUCAGCGGCCGCAGCCUCAGCACACCCAACGCCCUCAGCUUUGGUUCCCCAACCAGCAGUGACGACAUGACCCUCACGAGCCCCAGCAUGGACAACUCCAGUGCAGAGCUUCUCCCCAGUGGGGACUCCCCGCUGAACAAGAGGAUGACGGAGAACCUGCUGGCCAGCCUUUCGGAGCACGAGCGGGCGGCCAUCCUCAGCGUGCCUGCAGCCCAGAACCCCGAGGACCUCCGCAUGUUUGCUAGGCUCCUGCACUACUUCCGGGGCCGCCACCACCUGGAGGAGAUCAUGUACAAUGAAAACACGCGGCGCUCCCAGCUGCUCAUGCUCUUUGACAAGUUCCGCAGUGUGCUGGUGGUGACCACCCAUGAGGACCCAGUCAUCGCGGUGUUCCAGGCACUGCUCCCUUGAGACCAGACCGAGGACGAGGAGGCGGAGAGCGGGUGCUGCCAGCGGCGGGGCUGCUGGGCUCUCCCCAGCCCUGGGCUUCCCACCCCUACAGCGGGCUGAGCCCUCUUGUGCCUGAAGCCGGACUACAGUCCAGCAGCAGCCUUGGGCCUGCUGUACUCCAGGUUCUCGGUCUCGUCUGGUCCUGGAGGCAGCCUCAGUAUCUGAGCUGAGGCCUGAGGAAUGAUGCGUUCAGCCUCCUGCCCACACACGGCCCCCAGUGUCCCGUCCUGGAGGAAGAAGGACUAAGCGCACGCUGGCUACCGAGAGGAGCUCUGGCAGAGAUAACAAGCAGUACUCUUUCCCAGACAUAAAGCAUUUAUUUGGUCUUUGAACAAUUAAAAAGCCUUGUCCGA